AUGAAGCCGGAAAUCAGAGUUCCACAGACAAACACUCGUACUAAUGUCACUUUAGCAAUCAAGAAUGAAGACCUAGAAAAUCCGGACACAUCCUAUCCUCUUCAUGGUUCCUCCGAGAGGGCAAAUGAAGCGGUUCAGAAUGUGUCAUCAUUACCAUCAAUGUCAUCAUACAACCAUGCAGAAAAUCGUGGUUCAAGAAAAACUGAUGACUCGAAAACGGAUAUCUUAGAAAUUGUGAUUUCUUUGGCUCCAAUUGAGAUGAAUUUGAUCGAUGCCUCCGUAUCCGAAACGGCGGACAUUUUACCUUCACCUUCUGCGAGUGAAGUCAGUUCUGGUACGUUGUAUGAGAAAAUAGAAUCUCCGACGUCGAGUUGUCUGACGGAUACUCCUAUAGAAGGGAAUGAUUACGUAUGGUCAGAAGGUGAAUCAGUUGUCCCUUCGUUAAGUCCAAAAAUAAGUAACAUCGGUCAAAAACCAGUAUUGCCCGAUCAACUUUGGUCCGGAGCAAUUUACGAAGAUGAGAACAUUCAGAAAUAA